CAUUUCCAUGGUCUCUCUCGCUUCGGGAUAAACGAAAUUUCUCGACUCUCAAAAAAGAAAAUUAAUAAAAUCAAUUAAAAUUCCUUUUUUUUUUAAAAAAACACGAAAAGAGCGAUAUUAAGACUUGGAAUAAGAGGAAGAAUUUUAGUCGCCGCUUUAUUAUUAUUAUUUCCUUCGUCUCCGCAGAUAAUUAGCACAAAUCUGAAGCGUCAGACACAGAGCACAGAAAAUGCAAUUAUAUAAACAGUGAGCGAGUCUUCUUGUCCGUAACGGCUACUUUUCCCGUUUUCCUUUUUGGUUUAUAAUUGACGAGUGAGUCUGAGAUUUGUGAGAACUGUUCGUUUCUUUUGCUGCUUCGGAAAUGGAUUGCGAUAAUGACCAAACUGAGCAGUGGCGCCGGCAAAGGGAGAAUUCUUGUUACCAAAAGAAUUCCAAUGAUGACAUAUCUGAAGGCCUUUGGAAUGGCGUGCCUCAGAAUGAAGAAGAUAUUUCCUACAUGUUUGACGACGAAACAACCCCAGUUAAGGCCUGUGGGGAUUUGGCAUACCAUAUUGGCCAUGAUGAUAAUAUGAGCAAGGGAACAGAAGAAUGCAGGGAGUCCUUUUCACAAAUGAAGAGACGCCGGAUGCUACAGUUUCCAAAUAAAGACAUGGAUUCUUCCCUUUGCAGUGAAGAGAUGUCAUCUGCCUUCCUAAAAUCAAAUGAGAGGGUUGAUUCACUUGAGGAGGGUUUACCCGAAGGAUCACAUUUUGUCUCUGGGUUUGCAGAAAAUGCAUCCGCUUCUGGGUAUGACACCCUGGAUCAAUCACCUGAUGGAUGGAUUGCAGAUUGCUUUAAUGAUGCCGAGAUGCAUUUCAGCCCUGAUGCUGUGAAUCGCAUUGAGACCUCUGAUUUUCAAAUUGAUAUCUCAGAUUUUUGCGAAACUGUCCCUGAGGAUGCAAAUAAUGCUCCUCAACAACGUAUUUCUACUCCUCAAAAGAUAAUUUUCAAAGGCAUGUCUUUCCCUCUCGCCAGUAGGAAGUCUUACAUACGAACUCCCACAAAGUUGGCUACAUCAGUGGCCUACCCAUUUGCCUUCAUUAAACCAUCUGGAGCUCAUGGAGAUGUAACUCUGAAGGACAUAAACCAGAAAAUUCGCACUCCACCACCUCCAAUAUCGAAGCAAAAGAAUGAAGAUCCAUCUGUUGCGUUCCCCACUUCGGCCUUUUCUGGCAAGCCAGUUGUCGGAAAAACUAAGAUACGCACUGAGGGAGGAAAAGGUAGCAUCACAAUUAUGAGAACGAAAGGCUAAGCAGGUAGAUAAGUGCUCUUCUAAACUUCUCUUUUUGUGGCUCUUUUGCCUAAUCCCACUAUUUACUGGGGUAGAGUUUUUCCCUGUAAUAUUCCAGAGCAGUCAGUCACAGAAGUUGCUACUGCAUUUUUUUCCGGGGGGAGUAUUUUGGGAAUGGAGAAAAAUAUGACUGUUUAUGUUUGUAAGUUGUGUUCUAGGUGUCAAGAAUCUGUCUUACACAUAAUGAAUCUCAAGUAAAACUAAGAAUCUCUUUCUUCUAUUAGUCCUAUUUGCCUUCAGAUUGUAAAGAGAAAAAACCUUGUUAAUGCUUUCCCUGAAUUCCCUAAUAUGAAAUUCUUGUGUACUAGAAUUUAUGUACAUGAAAAAGGUGCAAUCUUGUAUGCAACCGAUUAAA